UGGUCGGGACUUAGUUUGUGUUAAUAAAUGUCGGUAAACUUAACUCAGUAAGUCAGUUCCUACGUAACUCCAUCUUAUGCCUAUGAAGACAUCUGGAUAUCUUCGGGUCUUUCCGGCAAGCUCAGAAAAAUACUUCAUCUUACGAAAAUCACGAUGUGUUCCGAUUGAAAUAACCUGUAUCCAUCAUUGUGACGUCAUAGAAAUAUAUAACAAUCCCGAUUACGUCAUAAUUGCGUCUCCCUUUGGUAACCAUCGAGUCUCUAACCAUUGGUAAACAAGUAAGGUGUUUCGGAUCUGUCUGUAGAAAGCCACCACUUCCUGUGUUUAAGAAAAACAUUACUUGAAUUCUCUGUUCAUGUCGUAAAAGCAGGCAGCGUUAUACCAAAAGUCACCAUGCAGGAGGGAGCUGUGGGUUUUACCCAAACCGCCAAAUCGGAAGUCACACCUGUCGGCACAUUGCGCAACUGUAAAAAAUCAGAACCACAGCUGAGUUGCGGAGAUUCGUCUCAGCCAACGAAUCCCAAGACGUCUAAUAAAAAAGCAGACCCGGAGCGCGUAAAUGACGAAUCUGGAUUAUGUUUUGCUGGAAGGGAAAAGCUAGCCACAUUUCAAAUAGGCGAGCAAUGUAUAUCAGGAGUCAUAUCGCAGAAGGUCUGUUCAUCCGACCGAAAUCCAGUCCGUCUCAAGUCGGCAACUUUUCCGAAAGAGUCAACAGAACGGCGGUCAACGGUUGAUGGUAGAGCGCCACCUACCGCCCGACCCAAGUCUCCAGACUGUGUGUUGCCAAGCGUUGCUAGAGCUUUGUCGCCAACGCAUACGAAUAAGCCUACGCGCAGCAUCGACUCUCGGUUAUCAGAUCCUUGGGGGACGACCUACGCCCAGGAGACCUCGCCGGGGCUUCCUGACAUCAUCAUCACGUUAUCCGAUGGGAUAUCUUCUUCAGAAUACCAACAAACAACGGAAUCCAAACCGUUGUGUAUGUCUACCCGAGAUGAUGAUGUUGACCACACCUGUUCGGCUGUGUGUGCUGACGAUCCUUCGUGUGUGACCUACCACACUAUGGCAGACACCAUAGCUUCAGAAAUGCCACCAUCAGUUUCUCACGAGAAACAAUACAUCCCUUCAACAAUCAAUCAGGCGGUACCAGUCUCAUCUACUGCAUUGACAACAUCGCCCCUGCAAGUUGUAACUAAUGAAAAUGUCUCACGACACAAGAAACUCGAACAUAUUUCUGUUGGGUCUGCCCUGCUAUUGGCUUUCAAAAGUAGUGCGUCUCCAAUUCUGUAUAACUCAUGCGAAAGGGUUCUUGAGAGAGGCCAUGACUUAAGCAGAUAUAAUAACGAUAGAAAGAACAUUCCUAUCCAUGUUCCAGCUGGUUGCCCUACCGUGUCUGCCCUGACAACCGCCCUCCCGAUAACUACUGCAGUUAUACUGGGUAGAUCUGCCUCUAAAUAUUUAGAAAAUAGAGAGAAAUCUGAUAAAAUUUGCACAACAGAUCAAGCUACAAAGCCAGAAAAGAUUGACUCUGUGAAUGUUGGUAAUGGGACAGUGUGCUCAGAGCGGAAUUUGAGCCAGACACAUUCCGCAUCAUCUGCGAUACCUGUCUCCUCCACUACUCCAAUUCUAGCACAAUCCAAGGAUAAUAUUUCACAAAUUAAAAGAUCAAAGCUUUCAUUGAUGUCUGUGGAACGAACACAGUCGACUCUACGAUCUUUGUUACGGAUAAGCAUUGUUCCAGCUUUAGGCAGGGAGGUCGAAACCCUCCCAAGCGGUUUAAACAAAGGAAAACAGGCGCAAGACAGUGUCGUCACCCAACAAAACAAGGAAUUGAGUCUUAAAACUACAGUUAUGGAGCCAGCCAUGGUUGCUGUGGCGUCACCUCCGACCAGUUCCCCUUCGCCAGUGAUGACAACGCCUGUUGUCCUUGGAGAUGCUAUAGGGAAUGGUUGUGUUGAGCUAUCAGAAAUAGAUUUGUCAGAUGACGUUCCAGAUACUGAGACCAAGACCAACAAUAGUAGAUCUAGAUCUAUUCUGGAUCUUUUACUUUGUAGGCGGAGAGAAUAGAUCCAACAAACUGUAAACAACAAAGAGUCAGGGAAAACACAGAAAACAGUUCGCAGGAAAGUAGACAUUAAAAAGGUGUUUACAUCUAAUCCUUAGUUAGUUACAUUGUACACUGUUCCGGAAAACUUUGAUUUGUUGGUUUAUUUAUAACAGCCAAAGUGAAAUGUUCA